CUACAGCAACCAGAGCAACUACAGCAACCAGAGCAACUACAGCAACUACAGCAACUUCAGCAACCAGAGCAACUACAUGCAGCAACUACAGCAACCAGAGCAACUACAGCAACUACAGCAACCAGAACAACUACAGCAACCACAGCAACCAGAGCAACUACAGCAACUACAGCAACCAUGGAGAGCAACUACAGCAACUAUACAGCAACCAGAGCAACUACAGCAACCAGAGCAACUCAACCAGAGCAACCAGAGGCAGAGCAACCGCAGCAACCAGAGCAACUACAGCAACUACAGCAACCAGGGCAACCAGAGCAACUGCAGCAACCAGAGCAACUACAGCAACCAGAGCAACUACAUCAACUAGAGCAACUAUUAAUAGCACUACAGCAACCAAAGCAACUACAGCAACCAGAACAACCAGAGCAAUUACAGCAACCAGAGCAACGUACCAGAGCAACCGCAGCAACCAGAGCAACUACAUGCAUCAACCAGAGCAACUAUAUAGCAACUACAGCAACUACAGCAACUACAGCAACUACAUCAACCAGAGCAACCAGCAGCAACUAG